GCCCUCUCGAAAACACACUGGUGCAGGAGCGUUUCUUUAAACCUAUUGCGACAUUGGACAGGACAACGCUUAAUUUUACGAGAAAAUGGCCUUGUCUGGGUGGGUGUGUGUGGUGACUGGUGCCUCCAGAGGCAUUGGCAGAGGAAUAGCUCUUCAGCUGUCCGAGGCAGGAGCCACUGUCUACAUCACAGGCCGCCAGGACAAGACUCUAAAACGCACCGCUGCAGAGGUUAAAGAGAGAGGCGGAAACUGUGUACCAGUUGUCUGUGAUUCCACCAACAGCAGAGAUAUUGAAGGACUCUUUGAAAGGAUCAGACAUGAACAGAAUGGCAGGCUGGACAUCCUGGUUAACAACGCCUAUGCUGGUGUACAGACUAUCUUUGAAAAUAUGGGCAAGACGUUCUGGGAAAUGGAUCCAUCCAUUUGGGAUUCUAUCAACAACGCAGGUCUCAGGGGACACUAUUUCUUCUCAGUUUACGCAUCCCAGUUGAUGGUGGCUCAAGGUCGUGGUUUGAUUGUGACCAUUUCCUCUAUUGGAGGACUUCGGUAUUACUUCAAUGUGCCAUACGGCGUUGGUAAAGCUGCAUGUGACAGGCUGGCAGCAGACAUGGCUGUUGAGCUGAAGAGCAGAGGAGUGGCAUCUGUUAGCUUGUGGCCAGGUGCUGUACGGACAGAGUUGAUCACUCAGUUCGUGCUUGAGAGUGAUGCAGCGCAGGGUGCGUCCACAAAGGUCAAAGAUGUGUUUGCCAGUGGAGAAACCCCUGAAAUGAGUGGAAAGUGCAUUGUCCACUUGGCAAAAGAAAAAAAUCUGAUGUCUCUGACGGGGAAAGUCCUCAUGACAUGUGACCUGGCAAGGCGCUAUGGGAUACAAGAUAUUGAUGGGAGGAGCAUAGAUGACUAUACAUCUCUAAAAUACCUCCUGUCAUGGGUUCCAUACCUGUCCUGGCUAUCCAUUCUGGUUCCCUCAUUCAUACGAGUACCUCGAUUUGUGCUGACUCUCGCAUAUAGUCGAUUCUAACCAAUGAUGAUAUCAGCACUAAUCAGUUCUAGCCAAUACUGAUAUCAGUACUAACAUGUUUCUACUAAUUCAUACAUUAUGAUUUAUUCUAGCAAAAGCAAAUAGCAGCCAUAAGAACAUAAGAAAUCCUGAACAAAGCUUAUUUUUAUUACCCUGAAUUAGUGAACAAUAUUUAUGUGACUCUAUGGAUUAUUUCCUGUGCCGACGAGUACUUGGCAAAUGUGAUUAUAUGAAGUUUUCAGUAUAUAUGAAUGAUGUCCUAAACAGUGUUUUCUGCAUAUUAACAUUAACACUACCCACCAUAGGUACAUUUAAAAAAAAAAUGUGAAAAUGUAAUGUAAUCAUGACUGUGUGCAAUGUUUCAAUAUUCAAUGAUGCUUAUGAUUACAAAUAUUACAAACAUGAUUGAGGUAUACGUUUGUACUCUGUAAUGUAUUUCUAUUAAAUCCAUAUUCCCAGCA